GCCUCGCUUGACAUCACCGGCGCCGGCCGUUCGAGGCUACCUCGGUCCUCCGGGGCAGGCGGGCCCGGCCUCCUCGGCCGCCCGGGGCAGGACCGGACCCCAUCGGCCCCGACGGGGGAGGCGGGCCCGGGCGGCCGAGCCUCCCCACCGGUUCGGUCCCGAGGGACGGGAGGCCCCGGCCGUUCGAGGCUCCCGACCGGCGCGGUCCCGAAGGACGGGAGGGCCCGGCCGUUCCGGGCUCCCUGUUUCGGACCGGUUCGGUCCCGGAGGACGGGAGGGCCCGGCCGUUCCAGGCUCCCGACCGGUUCGGUCCCGAAGGAGGGCCCGGCCGUUCGAGGCUCCCGGGUCCGGACCGGUUCAGUCCCGGGGGACCCGGGCGUUCGAGGCUCCCCGUUUCGGACCGGUCCGGGCCUGAAGGACGGGAGGACCCGGGCGUUCGAGGCUCCCGGUUCCGGCCCGGCCCGGUCCCGAAGGACGGGAAGGCCCGGGCGUUCGAGGCUCCCGGUUCCGGGCCGGCUCGGUCCCGAGGGACGGGAGGGCCCGGCCGUUCGAGGCUCCCAGAUCCGCGGCGGACCGGUUCGGUCCUGAGGGGCAGGUGGCGGCGGCGGCGGCGGCGGCGGCGUCGACGAGGCCCGUCCCGUUGCCGAAUGUCCCCCUCGAAGGACGAGGAGAGGCGUCGGUCCCUGGCGGAGAGAUGGCCCGGAGGAAGCAGGUUCCUCCUCUCCUGCUGCGCAGCCGUGGUGGCCGAGCUAGCAACCUUUCCGCUCGACCUCACGAAAACCCGACUUCAAAUUCAAGGGGAAGCUGCUCUUGCUCGCUAUGGAGAACCGUCAGGAGGCAGCGUUCCGUACCGGGGCAUGCUGCGUACGGCCAAGGGAAUAGUUCAAGAAGAAGGCGUUCUGAAGCUUUGGCAGGGGGUAACACCUGCCAUUUACAGACAUUUAGUUUACUCUGGUGGGCGUAUGGUCACCUAUGAAUAUCUUCGGGAAUCGGUGCUGGGCAAAAGUGAAGAUAAGCAUUUUCCCCUUUGGAAAGCAGUCAUGGGAGGGAUGAUAGCUGGUGUCAUUGGUCAGUUUUUUGCCAACCCUGCUGAUCUAGUGAAGGUUCAGAUGCAAAUGGAGGGAAAGCGGAAACUUGAAGGGAAACCGUCCCGAUUCCGUGGUGUACAUCAUGCAUUUGCCAAGAUUUUGAAGGAGGGCGGACUCCGCGGUCUCUGGGCAGGCUGGGUGCCCAAUGUUCAGAGGGCAGCCCUGGUAAACAUGGGAGAUUUGACCACUUAUGAUUCAGUGAAACACUUCUUACUGCGGAACACAUCACUUCAGGACAACAUUUUGACUCACAGCUUAUCCAGUUUAUGUUCUGGAUUGGUAGCUGCUACUCUGGGAACUCCAGCUGAUGUCAUCAAGAGUCGAAUAAUGAAUCAACCCACAGAUAAACAAGGAAGGGGACUGUUGUAUAAAUCCUCUAUUGACUGCUUGAUACAGACUAUAAAAGGUGAAGGAUUCAUGAGUCUCUAUAAAGGCUUUGUACCAUCUUGGAUGCGAAUGACUCCUUGGUCACUGGUAUUCUGGCUUACGUAUGAAGAAAUCAGAAAGAUCAGUGGAGUUAGCCCGUUUUAAGACCUUAAAAACACAAAGCACUUGUUCAGUAUCACUACAGUGUGUGGGCAUUCGUAAACACUUCACCUAUUUCUACCUCUUCAGGAUUAUAAGGAAUCAAUCAAUGGAUGGUAUUUGUCGAGUGCUUUCAUGGAGACUUCGUUAUGGGAUGGGUUGAUAUUCUAUACUUGUGCUUCAAGAGACUUAGUAGGUUUGAACAAGUACGGCCGAGAAGAAAACAAAACCGUUGCUCUUUUGUUGGCUUAAACGAUAUCAUUCCAUGUGGUGGGAAGGUGCUGCUAUAUUACACUACUGAGUGUGUCCACAAGAAGCCAGGAAAUAAGGUGAUUGCUCAAUCCUGAAGUGCACAAAAAGAAUUUUAUGCGGAAACCUUAUCUACGAAUUCAACAUAACCAGGAAUGUUACUCUUUUACCUCCCCAAAUUUGUGUUCAUAUUUACACCUUUUUAAGAAUGAUAAGAAAGAUAUUAAUAUUUUGAGCAUCUUAAAUGGAACCCUCUCUCUCUUGCCAGAAAAAAAGGAAGGCACUGAAACUGAUUAAAAUCCAGGCAAUGCCAAGACCAAAAAGGACUAUGCUUUCUACCGGGGUUUCAGAAAUACCCUGGCCUUGGUUAACCACCCAAAAUAACCUGUCAGAAAUCAAGAACCUUAGAGAAAGAGGUGAAUGGCUGAUCAACAAAAUGACCACUUGAGAUUUUCUUUGGUUGAGCGAUCGUUGGAUAAACUCCUUUUAAUAAUAAUAAUUAUUGUAUUUGGUAAACACUUAUGGUAUUUGGUUGCCAGCCACUGUACUAAGCGCUGGGGUGGAUAAGCAAAUCUUUAACUCUAGCAACUUCUACUUUCAUCAGUACUUAAGAGGUAAAAAAAUAGGGCUGCCCUUUGGGGAAAGAUAAUUUGGCGUAUGUCUUUCCUCAUACCUCAUCCAAGAUGGUAGUGUCACAAAAGGUGAGCUCUACCUUUCUCUUCCUGAACAGUUUGGUCAGGAGCUCACGCAUGUGAGGACUGUGACUAGUUCUAGACCCCGGGAAGUGUAUUAAUGCUAUAAUAGUACAGUUAUGUGCAGGCACUGCCUUUUUAUGGGAAAACCACCUAUUUUUUCUGCUUUCCAAAUUUAUGCCUACUAGUGUACUCUUUAAAAUGCAGUAAACUAGUCGGUCCCUAUAGUUUUUUAUUCCUCUGGCUGCAGAGCUUUAUCUCCUAAAAUCUUCAAAAGGCCAUUGCAUUUUCAAAGAUGAACAAUUACGUUGGAUCGAUCUUGGAUGCAUUAUUUUAUUAUUGUAAACCCUUAAAUGGCUGGAACUAGUUGGAACCACUUUUAGAAAUAGUAGCUCUCUCUGACUUCAAAGUGAGCCUCAAAUUUUGCCUCUGCCUUUUUCAGCUUCUUACUCUUAUUAUUUUUCAGAAUUCCCCUGCCUUGUUGCUUCCCCCAGUUCAUUCUUUAGUCUAUGUGCUUUAAAAAGUAGAGCUACUGUUUGAGUAAACCAGAUUUGGUAUACUUCUUUCCUCAUCUCUCCUGUUUUCCUUCGUUUCAUCUUUCCCUCCUUUUCUCCUUUGAGGUUAUAGGGAUUUUGCAAGUACACCAUAUUUACCCAAAUUUCAACCCCAAUGCAUUUUUUUAAUGAUUAUUAUUCUGGUUUCAAAAAAGACUCUGCCUGUGGUGUCCCUUUUGCUAUGCCAUUUGUUUAGGGAUUAUUUUUUUCAGUGUUUGUUAAGCAUUUAUUAUGUGCCAGGCACUGCACUAAGUGCUGGGGUGGGUAUCUGUCGCUUGCUCCCAGCUCCCAUGUAUUCCCUCCUUUUUUGCCUCCCUCUGAUUCCCCCAGGAAGGCAGCAAGAGUCUUUCUCCACCCUUCUCCUUACUUAAAGCUGUUGUGAAUUGUUAGAAAAAAACCCAAAUAUCCCCCUCACUGAAUUAUGUUUUUUUCCUGUCAAAGCUAUAACCUUAUUUUUCCACAGGUUUGUGCUAAUGUAUUUUAGUGAAAAAUGGCUAAGUUGAUAACCCCACUGUAAAACAAGCUUCCCUCACCAGUUACACUUCUAAAUAUUCACGUUGACUAUACAAUACACCAUCUAGGCUUCUCUGA